UUUUGCUCUCAGAGUUACAUCCGAAUUAGGGUUCUUCCAUUUUGCCAGAAAAGAAGGGUUUUUUUUUUUUUUUUUUUUUUUUUUUUUUUUUUUUUUUUUUUUUUUUGCACUGUAAAUAAUAUAUCUAUGCAUACAUAUAUAAACAAAUAGGGCGUUUCUUGCUCAAGACGAGCUACUUAACCUGAGGUGCUUUGAAUAGGGGUUUAAGGGUUCUAUUGAUUUUUGCUGUUGCUUUUCCUUUGCCGGUUAUAUAGUCUAUAGUCUCUGUGAACAUGGCACCCUCUCAUGGUAAUUCUCACUCUGAAGCGGCGAAAAUUGAACAAAUAAUCACUGAAAUCUUCCACAAAAGCCUACAGAUAAUACUCGAGGUUAGGUCCCCUGACACUUCGUCGCGUAAUUUUAGCUGCGAGCAAGCCAUGUCCUCCCCGUCUUCGUCCACAUCGUCCUCAUCAAGCGUGAGGCUGAGGGAUAAGUGGUUUAAUUUGGCGCUUAGGGAAUGCCCUGCUGUGCUAGAGAAUCUUGAUCUCUGGCGCCAGAGCAAUUGCCAACGGAUGGUGGUCGAUGUGGUUUUGGUGCAAAGGCCUGUUGAUUGGGACUCGAUGAAUUUUUCACCUAUUAGGAUUUCGUCAUCGAAAGAACGGUAUCCGUAUUGUUGGAAUUCUGAUCAGGAUGAGUUCAGGUGUCAUCAGGUCAAGAGUGAAAAGAUUAUAGAGAGAUGGGUAGUGCAGUAUGAGAGUAGGAAGGUGAAGGAUAAUCGUAGUUCAGGGAGCAGGAGGUCAAGCAAUAAUACUUGGCAUACAUUAUACAAGAAAUCGAUAUUGCUUUUGAGGUCCUUGUAUGCAACUGUUAGGCUUUUACCUGCGUAUAAGAUUUUUCGUGAUCUCAAUUCGUCUUGCCAGAUACGAACAUUUAGUCUUGCUCACCGGGUGUUUUCUCUUGUCGAACCCUUUAGUCGUAGAGAAGAGGCAGAAAUGCAGCGAUUUGGGUUCACCCCUUUGGAAACUUCGUCUGGUAGGAUUUGCAUUUCGGUGUUGUAUCGUUCAGCAGACUUGGAUAUAAGCUCUGAAUCAUCGACUCCUAUGUCCCCGCAAGUUAUAUCAGAUUAUGUAGGCAGCCCAUUGGCAGACCCACUUAAAAGGUUUCCAUCCCUAUCUGUGGCAGGGUCCGGGACUCAUGGCUCUCCAUCAUCUUUGCCAUUCUCAAGGCGGCAUAGUUGGGCUUACGAUCUUAAUAGAGCUUCAUCUCCUUUGGUUUCAUUCUCACCUUCACCUUCACCUACACAUUCAGAACAGCAAGCUUCACUUUCUUACCGAAGUUCCCGCCAUUUCCCACCUAUGAGCUUGCCUCCUCAUCCGCCUGAAACAUCGGUAGCUCAUAAGAAGAAUACAAGUUUUGAUUACUAUCCCUCUCCUACCUUUUCCCCCUCCCCUUCCGCAUCACCACCAAUCUGUAUUCCUGGGAGUCAUCUGUCAAAGGGGCUUUUACGAUCUGAAAGUGCCCCUGUAAAUAUACCCAUUUCUAAGCUUGCUAAUUCACCAUCAUUGUCCAAUAAACAAUAUUUACCUCCAUCUCCUCCCAUUAGGAGCACUAGGUCUGGGACUUUGAGGACUGAUAACUUUAUGGGUCCAAUUCAGACUGGUGCAACAGUUGAGCAGUUCUCUCCUGGAAAAGAUGAGAUCAGAAAAUAUUUUGGAACAAAGAUAUCAGCCAACUGCUCACCACAGAUUUCGAAUUCCAGAAGCUCCAGCAGGUCUUUCCAGGAUGAUUUUGAUUAUCCAGAGUUUGCUUGCCCUUUUGAUGUUGAUGAUGAUGAUAUGACGGAUCCAGGUAGCAGACCUGACUCUUUUGAUCAGAAAGGACAUCUUUGUGAGCCAAUUGAGCCUGGAGGAUUUUUUCCAACAGGAAAAUCACAUGAGGCUGCUGUUGGUGCUCUUGUUAACAUGUUGAAGAAAGCCCCACCUCUCCGUGCAGAAUUUUCCAAUUCAUUAAAUGUGCCGCAAUCCUCUGGGCCUGAAAUGUGGAGCAACAGCAUCCAAGAGCGUAAUGCUGCGGUUCAGCAUGCCGGUUCUGCAAGCAUGACAUCUUCUGGGUUUGUUACAAUGAAGACAACAGCUGAUGCAUUAGAAGAGCUCCAGGGCUAUAGAGAGAUGAAGAAUCUGUUGCUUAAACAAGCUGGUAAAUCCUACACAUAAUCCAAUUACACUGCAGCAGAAUUUUCCAGUAGAGGAGGUACAACUGGAUUUUGAACCUAUGAUGAUAUUGAAUCCUUUGAACAUGUGUACAGACUACAGCGGUUUGAUUCUGAAGAAUAUGUUUGGUAGUGCUUAUAUUCCAUAUUGUACAUAACAUAUGCAAUUAUAUAUGUUUAUAUUAACUCUGCAUAAACUUGGUGAUUAAAUGGAAGGGUUCGAUAUAAUUACGUUGAUGUAAAAAAUGUGCACGAACUAAACUGAUGUUCAUAUUGUAUAGUAAAAUUGGUUUGGCUUAUGGGUUA